ACCCCUCAAGGCCGCGGGGUUUGGUUGAACACAGGCUGCAGUUUCAGUUUGUUUUAUUCACCAUUUUGAAGGUAGCUGAAGGUAAAAAAAUAAGAAUAUUUGCGUUGGGAGGACAAAUCGCUGCCGUAAUUUUAUUUUUACGCGCUAGCUCGGACGGUGGAGUUGUGCGUCAGCUUCGCUCCCCUCGGUGUUUUGCAGAGCGGGAAUCUAUAUUCCUUUCCCCCCCCUGUGCUUGUUCUUCUCCCCCCUUUCUCACAUCCUUAACCUCUACAGUAUUCCUGCAAAAUGUCAAGACCAGUGAGGAACAGGAAGGUGGUGAACUACUCACAAUUCAACGAGUCUGAUGACGCAGAUGAGGAAUAUGGUGACGACAAGCCUAAGAAGGUGCGACCAGCCCCUCGCGAGCACAAGCGCUCAAAGAACUCACAGGAUGACAGGAAGGAUAGAAUUGGAUCUAAGGAUCCAGCAUCAGCUGAAGGUUGCAAAGGCAGAGAUGCACAGUCACCUCCAGCACCACAGGAUUUACGUGAGGACUCUGAUGACAAGCUCUCCAAAUCCAAAAAUGAUUCAGCAGAUGACUUUGGCAGCGAUGAAGAAGACAAUGAGUUUGGAGAGGAGGAGGAUGAAGACGGAGGAAGCGACUAUGAAGAAAAAAGAGGGAAAAAGGGAAAGAAAGCCAAGGUGGAGAAGCCCAGCAAGAGGGGGCCGAAGAGAAAACGGGCUGCAGAUGACAGCGAUGACGACAGGGAAGUGAGUCGAAAGCGUACGGUGCGUCAGGCAGCCUCGAAGGCCGUGUCCAAACAGAGAGAGAUCCUGCUGGGAGAUGGAGGCAGCGAGGAUGAGGAGCAUGAAGAUCAAGAGGAGUCCUACAUGGACCCCGAUGAGUCUGGCAGCGAUGAGGACUUCAUGGUGGAGGAUGACGAUGACAGUGACUACGGUCACUCCAAGAAGAGAGGCAAGAAGGUGAUUCGACGGCGACGGACGGACAAGGAGAAGAAAAGCCCCAAGCCCCGGCUAAAGGCCACAGUGACCCCCAGCCCGAUGAAAGGAAAGGGGAAGGGGCGCCCCAGCACCAAGGCCAUGGAGAAGAGCUCACCCAAAGAGGAGGAGGAAGAGGAAGAUCCUGAGAGUCCCCUGGAGGAGGAAGAGGACGAGGCCGAGAAGAAGGAGAGCUCCCCCGCCCCCAAGAAGACAAAGGAGGCCGCAGGAGGAGAGGAGGAGGAAGAGGACGAAGAAGAGGAGGAUGGCUCAGAAGAGGAGGCACCCUCUGGAGAAGAUUAGAAGAUGGUACCCAUUUGAAGCCCAUCCUCCACAUCUCUCUCUUUCUGUCUGUUCUCAGUGUUUUUUUAUUUUUUAUUUUCUUUUGGAUUUUUGUUUUGUUUUGGGGGUUUUUUUUUUUUUUUGCUUUGCGUUUAGACCUUUUUUUUUUUUUUUUUUUUUUUUUUUUUGUCCUGGUGGCCUGGCUCAGUGGUUUGGACUUGGUGUGCAUCUCCCCACCCCACCUUUUCUUGCUGCCUCCAGCUUCAACGUAGUGCUCCUGUGGCCAUACAGCAUAUGUAAGGACUUAGUAUUCUCUCUUCAUCCAUUCUGGAUUUUAGUGUGAAAACUCUGUGCUAGCAAGCAUCCGUCCUGAGUGUGAGCACAUCGCUUUACUGCUUACUGUUUAUUUUGUUUCCUCCACUGCGGUUACCUGUCAUUGCUGGCCACGCUCUUUACUUUCUUUCUUUUUUUUUUUUUCUUUUUUUUAACUGAUUACUGAUAUUGUCAGUAAGAUAAGCGCUGUAUUUGCAGAACAACAAAGAGUGAGCACGUGCAGGCAGAGGUGAAGCCUUCACCUUCUCUGAUUUGCUCUUAAGAGGGUAGCAAUAGGUGGUUAAACGGUUCCUUCAGUUAGAGCAGCGUCUUUUAAAUUCCAUUUCAAAGCUCACCACGCGCCCUUUAGACGCUUUAAUUUGAAUCGUUUGUAGCCGCUGCCUCCUUAGAGGUGUAGCUGGGUGUUUGCUACAUGUCAGACCGCCACCGUCGCACAUUUCAGGACAACACGUGCGUGCGCCCUUGCGUUCAUGUUUAAAUUUUCUUUGGGAUACUUCCUGUCCUUUUCCUCCAAGCCCAUCAGUUGCCUUUGUGAAACGGUUUCUGUUGUUGUAUUUCAGGCUUUCUAAUAACCUCCUUUUUAAAAUAAACACAUUUUCUAUUCCCCGCAUGGCUACAGCGUCUUCUUAACACUCAAGCCCUUGUGCCAGGCAUCCUAAAACCUUUUUAUUUUAAGAAAGAUGUUUUUUUUUUUCUUUUUUUUUUUCCAGAGUUAAAAAUGAAUGUUUUUUCUCCUGUUGGUUCAUUGUUCUAAUUCUCUAUUCAGAUUUUUUUUGUAAUGUUUGUUUUUUAAGAAAAAGAAAUAAAAUGUAUCUUGAUUUUAAAGAAAAAA